GAAUAUAAUUAAAUGACAUAGCGUGUCAAUUGUUAAUUGAAACAUAUUUGAUUGUUAAAAAUUUACGACAGUAGCUUUAACGCACCUAUUGAAGUGACAUUUGUGUUCACGGACGUCGGAAUAUUCCAAUUUUAGUAUUUUUUAAAAGGCACAACGUGAAUGGGAAUAAUGGCGUUAAACGCCACAUCAAACUUGCUGAAAGCUCUGAGGAGUCCAUCAAAAGUGGUGACUGCAUCCUAUCACCCCAAAGUGAUCGACCAUUACGAAAACCCAAGGAAUGUUGGUUCGUUGGACAAGAACGACCAGAACGUCGGCACCGGCUUGGUUGGAGCUCCCGCCUGUGGUGAUGUCAUGAAACUUCAGAUCAAAGUUGAUGAUAAUGGCAAGAUAAUCGAUGCAAAAUUCAAAACAUUUGGAUGUGGAUCAGCCAUUGCAAGCAGCUCGUUGGCUACCGAAUGGGUUAAGGGUAAGACGGUCGAUCAGGCUUUGGCUUUGAAGAAUACUGAUAUUGCCAAAGAACUGUCUUUACCGCCAGUCAAAUUGCACUGUUCCAUGCUUGCUGAAGAUGCCAUUAAAGCUGCGUUAUCUGAUUAUAGGAUUAAGCAGAAGAAGACUACUGAAGAGAAUAAUUAGGAAUGUGAUAUUUUGGUACUGUAGUAUGGAUUAAAAAUUAUAAAUAUAAUCAUAACUGUUUAAA